AUGGCCCCUGCUGCACAAGACUUUGUGUCCCAGAGGCGCUCUGUCCUCCAGGCGCAGGUCAACAGCACGAAGCCAGCCACGGCGCAGAUGUUCGCCAUCACCACGCAGAUCGAGAAUGUGGCAAAACAGAUCGGUAAGCAGCAGAGGCUAGCCGAGCAGCAGAAGGUCAACAUCGAGUCGCUGCAGACAGAGCUGCAGACGGUGGAGAGCCCCAGCCAGGAGAAGCGCGCUAGGCUGGUGGAGUUGCGGGCCCAGCACUUGGAGCUGGCCAAGCAGGCCACGGCGCCUCCACAAGGUAAUGCACGCGGGUCGACAGCGGCACCGAUCACAGCGUCGGGCCUGGAUGCGGCCAAGCUCGGCGAGGUGCUGCGCAGCCUGGGAGCGGGAGCGCAGACGAUGGCCAUGGCGCGGUCCUUCGGUGGCGCGGAAGCCGACGUCGAGGAGCUCAAGAACAUGGUGCUGGAGGCGGGUGUGCAGGCGCCUGAGGAGGAGCAGGCCACGCGCUCGGCAGCCAAUCGCCUGCUUGAGAUGCAGGACUUCAGCAAGUUCAACUCGUUCCAGCUGUACUGA